UUCUUCGGUCGUUUUUCUGAAACAAGCAAUUCAAAUCCACGUACAAAUCGGACUUUCAAACGAAGCGCUUCAAAAGGCCCUGCAAUUUAGGUCUGUCGGAGUCUAGGUUUUCAGUUUCAGAUCACACAUUUCAAAAGAACAUAAACUACAUUGCAUUUUUCGUGCACUCGGGGUCCUCGCGUCGCAAACUCAAACCAGCCAACACACUUAAGCAGGACAAAAAUGUCGUCCGCUCCGGCAACUAGCAGCAGCAACAGGCGCGGCCGGGCCCGCAGCGACGACCGGGAUUCGCUGAUUGGAGACGCGGCCGGCGGCGGGUGCGGCUUGUUUAGCCCCGAACCGCAAGAGUCCGCCGCGGAGCGACGGUUUCGCAAAAACGAGGAGGGAUUCGAGAUGAAUUUCGCCGCGGCAAUGGAUGACUACGAGGAGGAAGAGCCCUGGAAUUUAGAAAUGGACGAAGAGGACAACCUGGUAAUCGAUGUCGCGUACGCUCACUGGCGUGGGGUGGAAUACUACAGCAAAAAUUACUUGCUGGAGGAAGGAGAAGGAGCGGCGGAAGGUGGUAAGGAAGGGGACAGAAAUGUUCUUGACAACAUUGCAUCUGCUGUCGAGGAGAACAAAGCUGCGACCACCGUGGGAGACGAUAAUGUCGGCCAGGACGGGGGCAAGAAGAAGUCUGUAGUCGUUGGCGGUAAACAGGACGACCAGCAAGGUAGCAGCAGCUCAUCUUCAUCCUCGGUCAAAAAUGUGGUCAACAUCGGUGGCAGGAGCGAUAGCAUUACCCGCUCAACAACUGCAGCGCCCAAAGGGAAGUUUCCCGCGAACGCUGACGGGAAUGAGGAGCUCGCAGAAUCGAUCAGAGGUAUUGAAUUGAAAAGGCUCAGGGAGCUGAAAAUAUCUUCUGCGACAUGUAAAAACACGGCGACCACGGUAGAAGUUGCGGAGGCUGCACGGGUAGAACAAGACCACUGCGUGUUACAACAAGAGUCGAAAGAUGUUGAAAUGGCUCCUGCAUUCGACGAUGCGAAAAUGAUAUCGAAAUCUUCUUGUACAAGAGAAGUCGUCGCGUCUUCGCCCGCGCCAGCGAAGCGGGCAGGAGAAGAAUUCAACGAUCUUUUUCCGGAGGACGAUCCUGAAAUGGAAGAGAUGCGGUCAAGGACAAGAGUGAAGAACAAGAAGGUAUAGUGCGUAAGUACUGGAAAAAGUACGGUGCAGUUUGCUAAAAGUGCAGCUACUAAGGUGUUGCACUAGUUCUUUUAGUUAAGAAAGUAGUUUUCAUUGUGCUACGAGAUGAUAAUCCGUGACAGACACCCGGAUGUUGGAAGACGCUGGGGUGCUAUGAGAGACAACUUGUUCUUCUAGUUCUAGUAGCUACCUCCACUACGCACCACAGCUCCAGCGCCAGGGUUCCACGCUUGCGGGAAACAACAAAAACCGCACACCGGCUCGCAGUCCCGGGCUGAGCCGGUCGGAAGUGCACAAGCGACUGGAGCGCUCGGAGAAGCGAACCCCAGCACGGCGAAGGAUAGACAUGGACGACAUGUUUGCGCCGGUUCCGUCGAAGGACGUACUUGCUAUCUUGGUUUGAUGCGGAAUAACUGACUUUCAGAAUCUACUUUGUACCGCGGCGCUUGAAACACCUGAACGUCGUGUGAAAACGAAGGUCUUUUUUUUGAAAGCCGAUGUCAUUAAAAAGCAAUUUCGCAUGAUCUUAGGUCGACCGCCUGAAGAUCAAGCACAUGUUCCGACUGAGUUGGUUGUUCCUUCGGGCAAGUGCCGAGAACGAGGACCAGGACAACUACACCAAAUGCGGCUCCGCCCGGAAGGUCACGUCUGUGGAUUACGAUGAAGAAAAUCUUUGUGUGGAAAUCAAUUUUGGGCCCCAAACCGCGCUGCGGAAACAGCCCUCCGGGAUCGGAGAGAAGGAUGUUCCGUUUGUUGCGGAGAGCAAUCCUUUGUCACCAACCGCUGGGAAGAGGAAGGGGACAGGUAUUAAGCUUCUUGCGAAAAUCAUACCUCGCAGAGCGACGUAUUCACUCGUCUCUUAUGUGACAAUGCGAGUGUCAGUACUUCCAGUUCCAACGACUUCAUCCUGAAAUUCUGCGCAUUCCUUCAUAAUGAAGCGAGGUAUUCAAUUAUAACAGGCACCUGCCCAAGUGCGCAGCAAAGCCCCGAGGGGCCGCCUCUCAAAAAGCAGGCACUGAAUCCCAAAACGCCGCUUGCAACGCCUGUCCGCGGUGGAGGUUCCGCAAUGUCGGCGGAAAGGAUAGUGCUCUCCUCCGCGCGGCGAGACGCAUGGGGCGAGCAGGAGCCGAGUCUGACUGUGGUGUUUCUCGCAAAAAUCGAUUUCCAAAUUUUCAAAGAGUCGAUGACUUCGAAAAAGAAUCCAUUCAAGGACCCGAGUUCGAACCACUAUCUCGCGCCGGCAACCUUCGAAGAAGAAUUUCGGAAGAAGCAGACCUUUAUGCAGGAAGCGCGCAACAAGCAGAAAGCGAGAACACGGGUACUGGUGCGCGGACACUCGCGCAAGGGGCAUCGUGUCGCGCCGCACUACCGGCGAAUUCUGACGAACCAAGACUACAAGAGCAAAUCCACCUGGCUGGAUCUUUUUGAGUAGCCGGCAAAUGCAACAGUCUGUUAGGUUAUCUUUUUUGGCUGCUAUGCGAACAACAAUUGUGGCGAACAAGAACGGGUAUCCACCCUACCAGUGACACAUGC